AUAAUUUUUCGUAAAAAAUCACAAAAUAUAUAAAAAGUCCACUCGGAAAUAAGUUUAACUAAUAGUAGUAAGGAAAUUGUAAUCCUCCACGGUCAAAAUUAGCAGCCAAUUUUAAGUCUUGAAUAAUUGAUUGAAAUUUGUAAAGGUAAUAACUACUGUAUUAUUCUGGGUUUCCAAUUUUGCAAUAAACUCUGUUUAACAAAUUUAAUGCACCCAAAAAAGCUGAACAUUGAAUGGUUUUGCUCACAUUAUCUCCACCAACUUAGAUCCUGUGCCAAACUCCAAUCUCUCUCCUCUGGCCAAAAACUCCAUACCCAGAUCACCAAACUUGGUCUCCAUCAUUAUGGCCCAAUACCCAACUCCCUAGUUGAAAUGUAUGGCAAAUGUGGUGUUAUUGAUCAUGCCCUCAAAGUGUUCGACGAAAUGCCUCAAAGAGAUCCUGUAUCUUGGGCUUCAAUUCUCACUGCUUAUAAUCAUGCUGGUUUUCCCCAUAAAACGCUUUCUUUGUUCCUUAGAAUGUGGGAGCUUGAUAAGUUACUGCCUGAUCAUUUUGUGAUUGCUAGUCUUGUUAGGUCCUGUGCUAGCUUGGUUGAUGUUAGGCUUGGUAAACAAGUGCAUGCUCAUUUUGUUCUGUCACCCUUUUAUGAGGAUGAUGUUGUUAAGUCGUCGCUUGUUGAUUUGUAUUCGAAAUGUGGGUUCCUUGACUAUGCUAGGAUGGUUUUCGAUUCGAUUAAGGUGAAAAAUACGAUUUCUUGGACGGCUUUGGUUUCGGGUUAUGCUCGAAUUGGACGGAAAACUGAUGCUGUGGAGCUUUUCAGGAGGAUGCCUGGCAGGAAUUUGUUGUCUUGGAGUGCUUUGAUAUCUGGGUUGGUGCAUAGUGGUCAUGGGAAUGAUGCUUGUAGUAUCUUCAGGAAUAUGAGAAGAGAGGUUGAUCAUGGUGCUGACCCAUUUAUUCUUUCAAGUGUUAUUGCAGCAUCUGCUAAUAUGGCAGCACUACAGCUAGGGAAGCAAUUACACUGCUUGGUUAUAUUGCUCGGGUUUGAACGUAAUUUAUAUAUCUCCAAUUCACUCGUUGAUAUGUAUGCCAAAUGCAGUGAUCUUUUAGCAGCAAAAGGCAUUUUUUCAUAUAUAUCCAAUAGAGAUGUCGUGUCUUGGACUUCCAUCAUAGUUGCAAUGGCACAACACGGCCAAGCAAAGGAAGCAUUGGCGCUAUACGAUGAGAUGGUCAUGGAUGGUGUAAAACCUAACGAAGUGACAUUUCUUGGGUUGAUUUAUGCAUGUAGUCAUGUAGGUUUAGUUAACAAAGGUCGGCAUUUCUUUAAUACAAUGGUUCAAGAUUAUGGAAUGAAGCCCUCGUUGCAUCAUUACACAUGCUUAUUAGAUGUUCUUAGCCGUUCUGGUCACCUUGACGAGGCUGAAAAACUCCUAAAGACAAUGCCAUAUAAUCCUGAUGAAGCUGCUUGGGCUGCUCUGUUAAGUGCUUGCAGGAAACACAAAAAUACAGAGGUUGCUAUAAGGGUUGCUGAUCAUUUACUGUGCUUGGGGCCUGAAGACCCUUCUUCUUAUAUUUUGCUUUCUAAUACAUAUGCUUCUGCUUCUAUGUGGGAUAAUGUGUCUAAAGUUCGCAAAAUAAUGUCUACAACAUAUUUGAAGAGAGAGCCUGGUUAUAGCUGUAUUGAACUUGCAAAGGUUAGUCAAGUGUUUUAUGCAGGGGAGACAUCUCAUCCUAUGCAAGAAAAACUUAUUGGUUUGCUUGAGGAGUUGGAUUUGGAGAUGAGAAAAAGAGGUUAUGUUCCAGAUACUAGUUAUGUUUUACAUGAACUGGAGCAGCAUGAGAAGGAGAGACAUUUGUUGUGGCAUAGUGAAAGGUGGGCUGUAGCAUAUGGCUUGCUUAAAUCAGCUCCUGGUACCACCAUACGCAUAGUGAAAAAUUUACGAACUUGUGGGGAUUGUCACAUGGUUUUAAAAUUCAUAAGCAGCAUCGUAAAGAGGGAGAUCAUUGUUCGAGAUAUCAACAGGUUUCAUCAUUUUAAGGAUGGUAGCUGUUCUUGUGGUGAUUUUUGGUAGGCACUUACAAGCUGAGUAUCUGUAUACAGGACGUAAUCUACCUCUUCAUUGCUCAGGAACUCCAUUAAGGAGUCUUAUAAAGAAGGACGCUAUUGAAGAUGCCCUGGCCAGUUUCCAACCCGUCAUCUUGGUUCUUGAGGAUGUUGCUCGGAGCGAGGCAGAGAUUGAAAGAGCCUUGAAGGUAACUCAUCACUUAAUUAUUGCAUGUUUUGAUGUUUAGGAUUUAUGAGAUCAUAUUUGGGAAAGAAUUAGAUAUGUUAUUGUAGAUUAGGGAUAAGGUUACUAGAUUUAAUAAUCGAUACUGUUUAGUUUAUAAUAUUUUUCUCAUAGGAAGAUAUUUCUCAUGAAUGAAGAAAAGUAAUGUAUGGAGAUGUCUAGAAGGACAUUAUUGAAGGCAUGAAAUCUUUUACUCUGUAAUCUAUAAUUUUCACACCUUUUUUAAAAAAAAAAAAAUUCUAAUUUGUUCUUCGAAUCAUUUGGGCUUCUUGGGUAACAAUCUGUUAAAUAGUGUCAGAUAAUUGAUUUAUUUCCUGAGGAUGGGAAAUUAUGGGGUUUUAAUGGGGUGAAUGGAAGACUGGAGUAGUUUAUCUAGAUACAUAUAUAUUUGGUGAUAUAUAAUAAGACACUGCUGAAAGCUUGAACUAUAGUUGCCUGCUUUAAUGAUUAUUAGGGAAAGAAUCAUGAAUUUUAGUUAAUUUAUAACUCUUAGGGUUGAUCGAUUGAUAGAGAAGUCACUAGAGAGAAUAAAGGGUUUAACUGUGGAAAAGUAAACCAUUUGUAAGUCGUUUUGUAGGGUUCAGCUACUUUAUUAUACAAUAUUUGCAUAGGGCUUGUGGCUUUGAUGUCAAAGAGUUAAUGUUAUCCGUAAUUUCGCUUUGAUGGUUGGUCAUUGUAGAAAGCUUUGAUGAUCAGCUAUAGUGAGCCUUUCUUGAAUGGUCAUCCCAAACGUGGGACUGUGGGAGGUGGAGGUGGCUUGAAGAAGAUAGUGAGACUUGCUUAUGGGUUAUGAGCACAUACUUGUCUCCUUUAUCGCUUCCUUGCGCAUUGAAUUAGUAGUUGAGGGUUCAACUGAGUGAUGAUUUCUGACAGAGAUCAGAUGUGGUGUCCUAGCCACCAAUUCGCUGGACCUUUGUUAGGUGUUGUGAGUUGUGACAAGGGCAUAUCGCGGAAAACACCUUAAUGCUGUAAGAGCUCAGUUGGGAAUUGUGUUGGGCAGGAAGUUGUGGUGACAUCCAGUGCAUUAGUAGAGUUUGACAUUGAGAAAGAAAGUGACGAAGCAGAUUGGUUGUAUAGAUAAGUGGGGUGAUGAAAGAAAAGAUUUAUUUAGAGAAAUAUUGCCUUUAUUUCACUAAUUUUAUGUGUAAUAAUACUCCCUCUGUUUUCCCAAUUUCGACAAUUCUCCAUUUCUCACUUUAAUGAGUUUAACAAGAUAAAAGAGCCUUCUACAGAGAAUGAAGGAGACUCUAACUUCCAAUCAAACUCCAAAGCCCCGGAUCCUGCUGAAUUUAGCUUUUAUGCACUUGUUUUUGAAACAGGCAAGUGAGGGAGAGAGGGGGUGAGGCAAGAAAAGAGAAGGUGUGAAUGAGCGUUAAGGUGUAGAGUAUGUUAAUUGACAGCCAAAUAGUGGGUAGAGAGGCUUGUAAUCACUCACUUUUGUAGCUUCUGUGUGGGAACAGAUAAAUAAAAUCCCUAAGAAAUGAAUUGUAAAUGGUCAUAUUUUGAUUUGUUUGCUUGUUGUUGUCCUGAUGCCUGAUGGCUGAUUUCUUGAUAUCUACCAUCUCAUCAUGUAUUUAGGUAUCAGUGUGAGAAGAACAGAUAAAUAAAAGCAUCUAGAAGUGUACCUUCUCUUGUAGUUUAGGUUGUGCUCAGCAAGAAAGGAAAAUGAUGUCUGCGUUCAGGUCUCAUUUUACCAAAUUUCUAUUGUCAGACAAAAGGAGAUUUUGUGCAUUAUAUUCUCGUUAUGUUCAAUUGGUCAAAUUUGAGUAAGCAAUAUUGUUACACUCCUGGAUGUUACUCUUUAACCGCUUGAUCUUCUGCUGACUGUCUUGAUUGCAGCAGGGCUGUUCCUAUUGUUAGCAGUUUUGUUAUUCUUGGAUAGUACGAAGUAUAUUUGCUUGUUUGUAAUCUUUGUACUGCAUAGUUUCGUGUGUCUUUAUUCUCAGCAUGUUACCAUGUUUUUAAUUACUAGCAUUACUCCUAUGUAAUAAAAACAAUGUAUAUUAUGAAGUAUAAUCAUGCUAUAUAUCUCAGAUGUGAGGAUUUAGAUCCAUAUUCUAAGUGACUAAGUCUCUAUCGAGUAAAUGGAAACAGAACAAGUUGUUCAUUUUAAAAAAAUGAUCUAUGUGUAGGCACAGAAAAUUAUAAAAUUUGUGUUUAUAGUAUAUUACUGUGAUACCUUAGCUUCUUCUAGACAAUGUUAUAUAGGGACUUUAACUCUUACAGGAAGCCAACAUGUUGCUUGACGGUUUUUUCUCUCGGUGACUCAUUCCAACCGUGCUUAUAAUUUUAGCAUUAUAAAUUGAUUAUAGUGCAUACGAGAAUUUGAUUUGGUUAAUCUUUCUAUGAUGUCUUUGCAGAAUUCAUCUGCUGCGACUACAAGGCAAGUUAUGGUGACGAUGGCUGGCUGAUUAUGUUUGUUGACUAAUGCUUUGAAUAUUAUGUAACUAAUCUACAAUGUUAAAAUUGUUUCAGGAUGUUUAGCUUAAAUAGGAGGAAUACAAUUGUAUUUUUGUCCUACAAAGCUAAAGAAGACUUGAAUGAUGGGAAAAAAAAAGAAAAAGAACCCGGUAACAAGAGAUUUGAAGGAUGGAGUUAGAUUUAAAGGAAAAAGUUUCAACUUUUCAGAUUUGUUAAGUUGGAUUGGUAAUGAUUUAAGUAUGGGAAUAGGUUGUGUCUAAUGACAUGUAUUAAACUUUGAAUGUCAUUUUGUUGUUGUUCAGGCUUUUAUGGGUUGAAUUGUGACCAAAGAUACUUUUUAUUAUGUUUGUUGACUUUCUAGCAAUGACUGGUUAAGGUUUGGUAACAUGAUAGCUGAUUUUCCCUUAUUGCUUCAUGUUAUCUUCUUUUGUCUACAAAACAUUGGUUUUCAAAAGUGCCCUCUAAUUACUCUUAUGUAAUACUAAUGCUUUGAAUUAAAUGCCUAAAUAUAACAAUAUUUUUUUAACAAAUAUAUACCAAUAAAUUUUUUUAUUUCACAAAACAUAUACAAGUGUAUGCCGUAUGAAUAAUCCCUGUGCUCUUUAAUUAUGACUAAACAGCAUUGUGGGGGGUGGGAGAUUAAGGAGCCCUUGUGAUGAGAAGAAAACAAGAG